AUGGUUGACACGGAUCGUUACCAGAUCCUAGGUGUCAACCAGACCAUCAGCAACUUAAUUAUCCAAGAAGCCAAUGUUUCUGUCAUGUAUAAGUGUGUAGCCUCCAACAAAGUAGGUCGUGAUGAACGAUUGAUUUACUUUUAUGUAACAACCAUACCAAAUGGAUUUGAGAUUGAGUCCGAGCCUUCUGAGGAGCCCAUUGAGGGACAAGACCUGACACUAAGUUGCAAUGCCGAUAACUAUACCUAUGAAAACCUGCAGUGGUACCGGCUCAAUCUCUCAAGAUUAAAUUAUGAAGAGGGCAACCCUCUGGUCCUGGAUUGCAAGAAUGUCCACCACUAUGCAAUGAAGCUGCAAGGUGAACUGACUUUCAAACCUAACUCCAAUUAUGCUGCUUUGACACUCACCAUCCCAAGUAUCUCUCUAGAAGACGAAGGAGACUAUGUAUGUGAAGUGCAAAACAGAGAAAACAAUGAAAAACACUGCCACAAAAGAUACAUCUCUGUACAUGCUUUAGAGAUGCCCAAGUUGAAACAGAAUCUGUCAAACAUCCUGGUAAAUGUGAGUGAUUCUAUAGAGAUGCGCUGCAAGGUGGAUGGUGUACACAUUCCAAACAUCAAUUGGUAUAAAGAUGAAAAGCUGGUUGAAGAAGUCUCAGGAAUUGACUUGGCAGAUUCCAAUCAGAGACUCAGUAUCCAAAGGGUGAGAGAAGAAGAUGCUGGCCUUUACCUUUGUAGUGUCUGCAAUGCCAAAGGUUGUGUGAAUUCCUCCGCCAGUGUUUCUGUAGAAGGCUCAGAUGACAGGACCAAUGUGGAAAUUGUAAUCUUAAUCGGAACUGGGGUUAUUGCCAUCUUCUUCUGGAUUCUCUUGAUCCUCAUCUUCUGUAAUAUUAAGAGACCUGCUCAUGCUGAUAUCAAGACGGGCUACCUUUCCAUUAUCAUGAAUCCAAAUGAAGUCCCUUUGGAAGAACAGUGUGAAUACCUGCCCUAUGAUUCCAACAAAUGGGAAUUUCCUCGGGAGCGACUUCGAUUAGGUAAAGUCCUAGGCCAUGGGGCUUUUGGGAAAGUAAUGGAAGCCUCUGCAUUUGGAAUUAACAAAAGCAAUAGCUGUGAAACUGUGGCAGUUAAAAUGCUGAAAGAGGGAGCUACUGCAAGUGAGCACAAAGCUCUCAUGUCAGAACUGAAGAUCCUCAUUCACAUAGGAAACCAUCUGAACGUGGUAAAUCUCCUGGGUGCUUGCACCAAACCUAACGGUCCCCUCAUGGUAAUUGUUGAAUUCUGCAAAUAUGGAAACCUCUCCAAUUAUUUGCGAACCAAACGGGAAGGAUUCAGCCCUUACAGGGAAAAAUCCCCAAGGUUGCGCAUCCAAGUUCGUUCCAUUGUGGAAGCAGUUCGAGCAGACAAAAGAAGUCGGUCUUGCACCCGUGACAGUGCAAUUCUUAACAGACUUCUAAUGAACAAGAGUCAGACAGCAUCAUCAACACAUUUCAUACAAGAAGUGGAUGAUUUAUGGCAAAGCCCUCUGACAAUGGAAGAUCUGAUCUGCUACAGCUUUCAGGUUGCUCGUGGAAUGGAGUUUCUAGCCUCUAGAAAGUGUAUCCAUAGAGACUUAGCAGCUCGGAACAUCUUGUUGUCAGAGAACAAUGUGGUGAAGAUUUGUGACUUUGGUCUGGCUCGAGAUAUCUACAAGGACCCUGACUAUGUCAGGAAGGGCAGUGCCCGUCUUCCACUCAAGUGGAUGGCUCCAGAAAGCAUCUUUGACAAAGUUUACACUACUCAGAGUGACGUCUGGUCCUUUGGAGUCCUCUUGUGGGAGAUCUUCUCUUUAGGAGCCUCCCCUUACCCUGGAGUACAAAUCAAUGAGGAAUUUUGCCAAAGACUAAAAGAUGGCACCAGGAUGAGAGCUCCAGAAUAUGCUACUGCAGAAAUUUACAGAAUAAUGCUGAAUUGUUGGUAUGGAGAUCCCAAAGAAAGGCCAACAUUCUCUGAUUUGGUUGAGAUCCUGGGAGAUCUUCUUCAAGAGAAUGUUCAGCAGGAGGGGAAAGACUAUAUCCCAUUAAAUGACUCUCAGAGUUCUGAAGAUGAUGGCUUCUCCCAGGUGGCUUCCUCCAUCCAGCAGAAUUCUGAUGAAGAAGAAUUUGACAUGAAAAUACACUGUCACAAUGUAGCAGCAAGAUAUUAUAAUUGUGUGUCUUUCCCUGGCUGUUUGACUGGCGGGAAUCAAAUAAGAUGUCCAUCCAGAUUAAAGACUUUUGAAGAAUUUCCUAUGACACAAACUAUGUACAAAGCACAUCCGGAUAAUCAGACAGACAGUGGGAUGGUUUUGGCGUCAGAGGAGUUUGAAAGGAUAGAAAACAGACACAGAAAAGAAGGUGCAUUCAGUAGUAAAGGAUCCAAUCCAAACGCAGACCCAACAGUGGAUCAAUCCAAACCAAGGGGCAGAGGUCGGCCAUUGUAUCAAUCAGAGCUCCGGGGUCAGACUUUUUAUAAUAGUGAAUACGGGGAACUAUCGGAACAAUCUGAGGAAGGCAGCUGCACUCCACCAACUGAAGGCACCAGCCCCUCCCUCCUUCAUGCUUCAUUCUUUUCAGACCAAUGCUAAAGGGGAAGACAGUCAUGGAGACACCUUGCUGAGAGAUUCAAUUUCUUCUCUUUCUGUACCAGUAUACCCUUCAGUGAAGAAUACAUAUUUUUGUCCUAGAAGAAACCACAAGGGUGAUUCCUGUGGAACAGAUGGAGAACUCCUUGGUUAGGAAGAUGGAUGCUGUGCCUUUCAAACUAAACACUAGU